AUGGUUAUCAUAGUGUGGCCGGCCGGCCGCGGCCGCGGCGCCGCGGCCAUGAUGACUGAUGGCGCCUUGAUGAUUGAUAGCAGUAUGGCUAAUAUUUGCAGAGGUGUCAGCAUCCUGGUGGACCCAUGGCUAGUCGAGGAGCUUACAUUUGCAGGGCAGGCCUGGCUGUAUAGGGGCAAGAAAACCCACAUCCCUCCACUGGACCUGAACAAGAUAACAGAGGGAGUGGACGCCCUUAUUCUCUCACAGGCAAGCAGGAUUACCUCCUUCCCUUUCCAGAGCGGGUUGCCGGACCAUGCGCAUGUGCCCACGCUGGAGCGAUUACCUAAGGAUUUGCAUGUCGUGGCAUCGCCAGCUGGCGCCAAGGUGGCGGCCGGACUGGGCUUCAAGAAUGUGACUGCGCUGGACCACGGAGAAGAGAUCGCCAUCGCAGACGGGAAGAUGACCAUCCGCGCCACAGCAGGUGCACUUGUGGGCCCCCCAUGGGCCAAGAGGGAGAAUGGCUUUGUGUUCAGGGAGCAGGUGCCGGACGGCAUAACCCUUUACUACGAGCCGCACUGCGACUACGAUGAGUCAUCGCUGGCCGGGGUCGACUCCGCUGACAUCGUCAUCACCCCCUGUGUCAACCAGGAGCUCCUCAAUUACCCCCUGGUGAUGGGCAAGGACAAUGUGGUCGGCCUGCUGAAGAGGCUGCGGCCGUCAGUGCUGCUACCGCUGGUGAAUGCAGAGUUCGACUCGGAGGGGCCACUCUCAAAACUGAUCUCUGAGAAGGGCAGCGUGCAGGAACUGGAGCCGCAGCUGCAGCCGGAGGGCCUUGAAAAUGUGCGCGUGCUUGUGCCCGAGCCGGCAAAGCCACUUACCGUGGAACUGUGA